GCUGAUAAAACUUUAACUGAUAUAACUUGACUUUUUAAAAAAAAAUUUUUUUAAAGUGUCUAAGUGUUAUUCCCAUGCAGAGUCGGCAGAGAGCAGCAAGCGCUCCCUUUCUGUAACGCCUCUGCUUCAUGGGACUCUGAUCUGUCAUAGUGGUUUACGAGGACUGCUUUAAAACUGGGAAACUCUUUGGGAUUAUUAUUCACUUGACAACAUGUCUCUGUACCGAAAUGCCAUCUGGUUUAUGAAUGGAAUCCACCAAUAUACAAGGAAAGGAUAUGAGACAGCAUCUAAAGACUUUGAGCCCAAAGACGUGGAUGUGUCCGUGGUGGGCAGGUCUUUUAUGAUCACCGGAGCCAACAGUGGAAUCGGAAUGGCAACAGCCAUGGCUAUAGCCAAGAAAGGUGGGACAGUCCACAUGGUGUGUAGGAACAAAGAUAAAGCAGAAGAGGCCAGGUCGGACAUUGUCAGUGAAUCUGGCAACAUGGAGGUAUACAUCCACAUUGUGGACAUGUCAGAGACACAAAAAGUGUGGGAGUUUGCAGAGGCCUUCAAGAGGCAGCAUCUAUCCUUGAAUGUGUUGAUAAAUAACGCAGGGUGUAUGGUGCACAAGAGAGAGGUGAAUGCUGGGGGCCUGGAGAAGAACUUUGCCACCAACACUAUGGGGGUGUACAUCCUCACGCAGACUCUCAUACCACUUCUACAGAAGAGCCGGGAUCCAAGGGUGAUCACUGUGACCUCAGGAGGCAUGCUGGUCCAGAAGCUCAUAGUCAAUGACUUGCAGUCAGAGAAGGGCUUCUUUGACGGCGUCAUGGUCUACGCCCAGAACAAGAGACAGCAGGUGGUGCUCACAGAACAGUGGGCCAAAGCUUACCCAGUCAUUCACUUCUCUGCCAUGCAUCCAGGCUGGGUAGAUACACCAGCUGUUUCCACAUCAAUGCCUCAGUUCCACCAUAUGAUGGGGGAGAGGCUGCGCAGUGUAGAGCAAGGAGCCGACACUGUUGUGUGGUUGGCCUUGUCUAGAGCUGCUGCUAGAAAACGCAGCGGGCAGUUCUUUCAAGAUCGUGCGUCUAUUCCAGCCCACCUGCCUCUGGCCUGGACUCAAAGUUCUGCUGAAGAAAAUCACUGCUUCAUGACUCAGCUGGAGACUUUGGCCAAAUCAUUCACUCACAACCUGAUGUAGAGCUUAACGGUCCUCAACAUUUUUCUUAUGCAAAUGUUACAUCACAUGUAACUGACCCAAUAAAGGAUUUCU